AAAAUCCUACUGACGGGGAUCUGCUGCCCCCCUGCUGGGACUGAGAGAAAGGGCAUUGCCUGUCACCCCUCUACCCCCACUGCACCAGCAUGGACCCCUCUUUUCUACCCCAGCAAGUCUCCGUCCGGGCUCUGGUAACGUUCCAUGAUGUGGCGGCAUGUUUCUCAGCCGAAGACUGGCGCCAGUUAGAGGAUUGGCAGAAAGAGCUUUAUAAGAAUGUCAUGCGGGAGAUCCACUCCGCCCUGGUGGCCAUGGGAUACACAAUACAGAACCCAGAGCAGCUGCUCCGUGUGCACGAACUGAAAGAGACAUCACAGGACACUGGAAAGGGGAAGGAGCGGAACAACUUGCUCACUGCAGGUGCUCCCGUGUUCAAUCCCGACAUCUCUCUGUGGAUCCGGGAAGUGGUGGAGGAGAAUUUUUCUGCCUCUCAGAAUCCAGAACCGACGGCCGACCCAGAAACUGCCAGUUCAGAGCUGCCGGUGGUGAAGCCGGACAUAUUCCUGCGCAUAAAGCCUGACGAGCUGCUGUUUGAGGCUUGUCCUGACCCGGAGCCAGAUGAUGGAGACACAGGGGAGAGUGCCCCGAGCGUGAGGUCCGGCAUAUCAGUCACUAUAGACAGGGAGGUGGAGCCCUUUUGGCUGAACAUCCAGGAGACAGAGAAUGAGGAUUUGGCAGAAGAACAGGACACAGGUGAUGAUUUUGGCAGCAGAGAAUUAGAGGAUUGUCUUACGCCCCUUCAGCCCCAUGACUUGCCCACAGAGAACAGCUCCCACAUGUCCCAGGAGGACUGGGAUAACACAUCCACAAUUCGACUUCCCCGGGCACGGAAGUGCCAGUCCAUAUACAGGAUUGGUCAGUCUUUGCCCCAGUGUGCAUAUGACUUUACCGACCCUACUAGUCCCACCCCUCCCAGGGCAUUUCAGUGUUCUGAGUGUCAGCAAAGCUUCAGUGAGAGUGAGAUGUUGCUCCUCCACCAGACAGUCCACGCGUCAAGGACAUGUAACCCUCAGGAAGGUGGUGGUGAGGUUUACAUACCCCAACAGCCUUCACCUGCCCUUCUAGGAGGCUGCCCAGUGGUGCCAGCACCAUAUAUAUGUGGAGAUUGUGGUAAAGGUUUCUCCAGCUCCUACAAACUCAAGAUACACCACAGAAUCCACACCGGAGAGAGGCCCUACAAGUGCCUCGUGUGUGAGAAACGUUUUCACAAAAGCGCCCACCUCAAGGUCCAUCACAGAACGCACACAGGGGAGAGACCCUAUGGGUGUCAGGUCUGUGGCAAGAGGUUCACCAAGUCGUAUCAUCUCAAGGUUCACCUGAGAACACACACGGGGGAAAGGCCAUACAAAUGCCCAGAAUGCCUCAAAACCUUCAGUGUCAACUCCCACCUAACAGUGCACCAGAGAACUCACACAGGGGAAAAACCCUUUGUCUGCUUUGAAUGCGGCAAAAGCUUCCGGCAAAAAACCAGCCUUGUGGGCCACCAAAAAUCACACCAACGGAUUGCAGAGCGUAGGAAGCUGUCUUGGAAGACUCUAUGGCCAGAGAAAUGAUAGAUGUUACCUGGAAGAAUUCAGCAUAGAAGUUACUUCAUGAGUGAGAGGCUCAGGCCUUUGGGGUAGUAGGAGCUGGAGCAAGCCAGGUCCCUUGUCUUCCCAUGUCUUCAGACCUAUGGCUAAAGGAUAGUUGCGGUUCUCUAGUGAAUGCAAAAGGGAUACAAACUGCUUAGCUCCUUGUUAAGCCACGUCUCCUGCCCAUGAGCUCCUAUUUAUCUUUCUAUAUGUGAUUCUGUCCCUUCACUGAAUCUCCACCAGAAACUUGGUCCAGUCCUGCACAUGACAUCUGGUUUCAGAGAAUUAGCUCUUUAUAGUUUCAGGCUGCCAUGUUGACUAAUCCAUGUUACACUUCUAAUGGAGGCAUCUGGGCAAUUUAUCCUCAUGUUCAGGGUUCUAAUGUGUUUGUUUCUAUUAAAAGUGAGUUUUCACUUUGUUUGUGCCUAGUGACCCAAAUGGGUGACAGUAGCGGAGAUAUAGUGUGCUCCAUGGAACGGGAGACUGUACAACAAUUGGUGAAUGAGCAGUAGAGGGUCCUUGUGGGAUUAGCCGUGGACCCUUCACAGCACAGAGUGCAUGAUCAUAUUUCCACUGAUGAAGCGUUUACAGAGUCACACCCAUUUAUAUUCUACCAACAGUUAGUACAGAGCCACGCCCAAUUAUAUUCCACCAAUGAAGAGUGUGCAAAGAGCCACACCUAUUUAUAUUCUACCAAUGAAGAGUUAGUACAGAGCCACACCUAUUUAUAUUCUACCAAUGAAGAGUUAGUACAGCGCCACGCCCAAUUAUAUUCCACCAAUGAAGAGUGUGCAAAGAGCCAUACCUAUUUAUAUUCUACCAAUGAAGAGUUAGUACAGAGCCACACCUAUUUAUAUUCUACCAAUGAAGAGUUAGUACAGCGCCACGCCCAAUUAUAUUCCACCAAUGAAGAGUGUGCAAAGAGCCACACCUAUUUAUAUUCUACCAAUGAAGAGUUAGUACAGAGCCACACCUAUUUAUAUUCUACCAAUGAAGAGUUAGUACAGCGCCACACCCAAUUAUAUUCCACCAAUGAAGAGUGUGCAAAGAGCCACACCUAUUUAUGUUCUACCAAUGAAGAGUUAGUCCAGAGCCACACCCAUUUAUAUUCUACCAAUGGAGAGUUUGCUAAGCAUCACACCCAUUUAUAUUCCACCUAUGAAGACAUAGUAGCGUCAUAGCCAUUUUUAUUCCACCAGUAAAGAGUUUGCAAAGAGUCAUAACCAAUUUAUAUUCUGCUAAUGAAGAGUUAGUAUAGUCACACCCAUUUAUAUUCCACCAGCGAAGCGUUUAUAAAGAGUCACACCCAUUUAUUUUCUGCCAAAUGAAGUUUGCAAAGAGUCACUCCCAUUUAUAUUCCACCAAUGGAGAGUUUGCAAAACUUCACAUCCAUUUAUAUGAAGACAUAGUAGAGUUACACCCAUUUAUAUUCCACCAAUGAAGAGCUAGUACGGAGUCACACCCAUUUAUAUUCUACCAAUGGAGAGUUUGCAACAUUUACACCGAUUUAUAUAAAGACAUAGUAGAGUUACACACAUUUAUAUUCCAUCAAUAAAAAAAUUGCAGUCACUCCCAUUUAUAUUCCACUAAUGAAGACUUUGCAAAGAGUCACUCCCAUUUAUAUUCCACUAAUGACGCUUGUAGAGUCACUGCCAUUUAUGUUCUACCAAUGAUGGGUUUGCACAUAAUCACACAUUUAUAUUUUACCAAUGAGGAAUUAUAUAUUAUAUAAUAUUCUGCUCCGUGGUACUAGGGUCAUUCCUAGUUACAAUGAGCCACAUAUCUACUGUUGCCUCCAUCCAGAAACAGAAUACCGUCCACCAUGUUUCUCAGUUUAGUUGCUUUGUAGGCUGCAGUUUGCUGUACCCCCAUAAUGAAAACAUGGAACUAUCUUGCACUGCUACAAACAUUAGGGUUACUCCACCCCCAGGAAUUGGGGCACUCCCAGCACUUCUUGCGGGAUAUAGAACCUAUAAGGCUGAGGUCAAACAUAUGAAAUUCACAUUCUUACCCCCUGCUGAGCUUUAGAUGAAAGGAAAAAUAUCAAUAAAGGCAAUUCUUAAUCAAGCUUUAA